AUCAACUUAUAACUAACUGCAACAAUACAAAAUGGCGAGCUCCAAUGGCAAUAGCAAAAGGUCAGAGGAUGUCUACGGACAAAAGAUCGACCGCUGUUUGUACAAUGCUCUAAUGAAAUUCGGUACGGGUAUAAAUAACCUUAAAAUAAUACGAUAUAGAAUAAUUGAAAUGUAGUGCUGCGUACUGGCGGUGUACCUAGCAGAACUAUGGCAUCAUCUAUGCUAGGUACUUUGACACAAAAUUUAAAUAUUGUCCAAUUGCCAUGAAUGAUACAUCAUUUUAAAGGGCUAGCUAUAAGCUUUACAACAACACCAAUUUCAUCUUUCUAUCUUUCAUAGAAGUGGAGUUAUGAUUUUUUUAAAGUGAUUUUUUAAAACCCUCUUUUUUUAUCUUUGUCCUUUGUAUUUAACUGUGAAAACGUGUGACCCACUUUCCAAAUUUCUGCCUUAUUUUGCCGGAAACUUUUUUAUUUUAAAAGAUAAUACUGCCAAAUUUUCAGGAGACAUUCUUAAUGCAAUAUACAACACAAUGAACAAAAAAACUUUAAAAUAACAUCAGUACUUUCUAUUUAAAAUUUUUUUAUUUAAGGGUAUGUUAUGAAAAAUGUGAACAGAAAAAAUGGAAAAAUCAAUACCGAUACUAACAAAGAAAAAAAAAAAAACUUGUUUAUUGGAUUUGAACUAAUUAAAUGUUUGUGUUACAUUUUAAAUAAAUUUUUAUACUUAUAAAAAGGUAAGUAGUUUUUUUUUCUCUCUGCAUGCAAUGUAAUUAUUAAUUAUAAAUAAAAAUUACUCACUCAAAACCAUUUCUUUAUUAUGCGUCUAUGGACCUAGGCCUGUGAUAGUACACUGCGGUUUACCGCUGGUGUACAUGCCUAGGAAAACCAUGGACCUUUUAAUACACUGAGGCAAAAAAAUUACCAUUGACCAUUGGUUUCCAUUGGUCUUGUGGUUAAAGCUGAUACCACAAAUGGAAAUUAGGAUCAAUUCUCAGAUGCGAAUUAAUAAUUAAGUUUUACUAGGCUGAACAUUUUUUUUUUUCUCAUUUGAAUUUAUCAAAAUAUUCCUGAGAACAGUGCCCAUGGCGGCUUUUACUCAAUAAUGUGCAGGAGUCUUUCCCCUUUGUUUAUUUAAUUGUUUAUUUUCAUUGGAUGAAGUGUCGGCAUGCCCAUGAUGUCAUUAUAAGUCAUUUGGGUGUUUAUUAAAUAUUUGUGCGGCGGCGAAGGAAUAUGUUAACAACUGGUUGGAACAAGAUUUCAUGUGAAUAAUUAACGAAGUUUAUAAGAAAAGUUAAAUUUUAUGUUUAUAAGAAAAGUUAAAUUUUAUGUUUAUAAGAAAAGUUAAAUUUUAUGUUUAUAAGAAAAGUUAAAUUUUAUGUUUUUAAUAUUCUUACUAAAGGGGAUGGUUGGGGAGAAUGCAUUUUAUCAACUACUUAUUUGAUUGUCAGAGUGCUGAUGACGUGUUUUGUAUUAAAUUUUUAAUUGGUUGAUUAUUUAUAAUUUUAAAUUAUGAAUUAUCAUUGGUUGGCUAAUUAUCAUAUUUUAUUUGCGCCACCAUCUUUUCAACAUGUUGGCCUAAUGCCUGCAGUUGUGCUCCCAUCAUUUGUGCACAUUUUUUUAUUUGGAACCUGCAAUAAAGUGUGUAAAAGUGUAUUUCAUGAAACUGUAAGUUGGGUUUUCAUCCCUAACUCCAACCCCAAAUCCCAAAUUUAUCUUUCAAAAAACCAAAUUGUAGAUGAAAAACAAUAACAAAUUUUGAACUUACCGCCGGACACUCAGAGCGCACAUCACCCAGAGAGCACAUCAAAGAAGACAACAAGUGACGUAACGUUAAAGCACUCCUUUCUAUGUACGCAUAAUUUUAAAGUACCCUACAAGAAAAUUAAUUUCUCUAUUUUCAUUAAUAUUUCGAACUAAUUCCCACACUACUCUUAGUAAGAAUAUUAAAAACAUAAAAACUUUAAAUUUAACUUUUCUUAUAAACUUUGUUAAUUAUUCACAUGAAAUCUUGUUCCAACCGGUUGUUAACAUAUUCCCAGAUUAUGUUUUGGAUUUUGGUAUUGAAAGUGGGGGGGGGAAGGGGGGUCUGGGGAGGGGUCUCCCCUCCCCAGUCGUUUCAUAACACGCUUUCUGCACUAGAUUUUGGCCGCCAUCUUGGUUGAAGAGCGAAAAAUAAAAGUUCAUUUAUUAAGCAAAGGAAGUAGUUUUAUUUGGUGUAAAAUAUUGGACUGGAACUUAUUCUUUCAAUGCAAUUUUUAUCAGCCGAUUUUGUUGGCCGACACAGUAUGAGAAGAGAAAAUCGGCAGAUGAAAGUUCGUGGGUUAAAUGCAGACCUGUGUACUCUUACGAUUUUGGCGUACAAUGUACGAUUUUGUGUACACAUUAUAUAUAAUGUGUGUUUAUUUUGUAACAAUUAAGAUAAUGUAUUGAAUGAUUUUGUGAUGAUAUUUUAAGAGUUUGUGGGUAAACAGGUCUGUAAAUGUAAGCUAUGAGCCGAUUAUCAUGUGUUUUAACUUGAACAAGAUGUGGCGGCCUUUAAUUAGGUACUUUGGUAAAGCAAGUUUGUAAGGGAAAUGGGUGUCGGCACAGAAGAAUCAAAGUUUUUAUUUUUUGGAGGGUUGGUGCUUUUCCAUCAAUAAAAGGGCUAUUUUGUCCCUAAAAUUGUGGUAUUCUUCCACAUGUUCACAAUAGGGGACAUUUUACCUACAUUCCAAUAGUCUGUUUUUCCUUGUUUGAUCAACCUUAGUUUUAGAAAUUCAUAGGUGUAUAUAAGGCAUCUUUCCCUCAAAAAUUUUUGAAGAAAUGUAGAUAUCUUGUCUUUCAUAUUAAAUUCUGCAAAGCAUUAUAUAUUGAUUGUAUGUGUGCCAAUUCAAUCUUCAUUGAUUUAGGUUGUGUCUGAGGUUCAUUACGCUUGUCCAUGUAACCUUCAUUACCAUAAGGUCACUCAGCCUAAUUUCGACCCAGGUGUGGGCCAUGCCCCCUUUAAAAUGGUGGAAUAUGCCAAUACUUAGGAAAUAUUUAAUUAUUGCCCCUAUUUACAUAAAAAUAUUUGAUAUCUUGUGUUUUAGAAUGAACCUCGAAUAAAUGAUCAUAAUUUGCAGUGUGCAAAACGUUGUCAUGGGCAGCCAUUCACAGCCGCUUGAAUAAUGGCUAUACCAAAUUAUUAUUAGUGUUAGAAUUAAAUCUGAGGGGUACUUAGAUUAAGACUUUCCUUGGCGCUGCUUUGUCAGUCAGCUAUUGUGCUGACAUUGCCUUUGAUGUAAGUGGCUGACUAUUUGAUGGCACAGGCCUAGCCACAUCACUGGUUGUUUUUAUGUUACUCUGCUGAGGAGGGAGGAUUUGGAUUUCAUAUUGGCAGUCAGAUGUGAAGUUCCUGGUCUAUGCAUAAGGUUAUAAUGUUUGCAAAUCAUCAGGUUGCUGCUCAUAUCCAUUUUUUCAUCCAGUCAUGAUAGUUCUUUAACCUUAAAACACACCCCCCCCCCCCCCCCCCCCCCCCCCCCCCCCCCCCCUCCCCAUUCUACCUAUAAAUCUGAUUAAUUUUGAAAUCGUAUAAUAAAUUACAACGAAAUGUCAAUUUACAAUAGACAUUUUGAAAAUAAAAUACAAUAAUCAGCCAUCAACAUUAGCUGAGGUAGAGAGGCCAAUUAACUUACCGGUGCUACUCUAGUUGUAACCAGUUUUUAGCUGACAAGAUAUCACUCUGCAUUACUGUUUUGAUAAAUUUGUCAUCCAAUUAAUCGAGGACCCGGUAUUUGUUAUUGGUAAAAAAAAUUAUAAAGUUAUCUCUGAACCUUCUGAAUCAUACACAAAUAAAAUAAUAAAAAAUGCUUCCUUUAGUUAUUCUAGAGUUAGUAAACCAUCAAAUUUUAAAUAUACACAAUGGUCUACUCAACAAUUCAGAUCCUCUAACAACUAUUAAGAAAUCAAUCUGUAAUUUUUAUCAGUUAUUUUGUGCUUAUAACUUUGAUAAUGCAACACUUGACCAAAUUCUAUUUCUAACUAGUUGACAAACUAGCUUGUACAGAAAGUUUAUUAGAAUUCCUACAAAAAAAUACAUGUUUAUUAAAGUGUUAAAUUUUUUUAUAAAGGUUAAAAAUCAACAGAUGUAAAAACAUAACAGUGAUAACAGCAACAAUCCUGACUGUUACAGAUAGAGAAUUGCCAUAGUUGAAAUGAAAAAGGAAACACUAGAACUACCUAAUAUUAAGAAUAGUCAAGAUGACUUAAUUUAAAAAAAAAUAAAUUUGUGCACCUCCUAAUUACCAUUGUUGGAAAAUAAAUUUAAAAAGAACCCCAAUAGUGUUUACAAUUCAUAUGGUCACUAUUUAUUAACUACUGCACAAUUCAAAAUUGUACACAUUCAUUGGUUCUGUUCUUAUAAAAUAAAAUUCACAAACCAUUGCCUUCUUAAAUAAAAUAAAUUACAUUAUGGAAUGAAAAUUGUUUUAUUUUUCUAUCUAGUUGGUGGUGUUGGUGUUGGAAUUGUGUUUUCUGCAUUGCUAUUUAAACGUAAGUAUCUUAUCAGUUCUGGCUGGAAAAUUAUGUACAUGGAAUAUUCUCAUAUGUGUAUUAGUAUUGAAAACACACCUUUACGCCAAAAAAACCCCACAUAUUUGAUAUAGAAUUGGAGAAGGGUUGCCAGCUCAAAAAUAAAAUUUACAGAGAAAUAUUUUGCGGACAAGCAAUAUUUUAGAUAGACACAUUUUUAAAAUAACACUACGGAGCUAAAAAAACACAUCAAAUAUUCUUUGCUACCAAAGUUUAAAUGUUGUUUUAAUCCUAUCUCUAAGGGAAGCCCUGGCCUGUUCUUUUGGGUGUUGGUGUUGGCAUGGGUAUGGGUAUCUCAGACUGCAACCAUGAGUUCAAAGGUCCAGUUAAAGUGAAGACAACAGGGGUAAGUUUCUUCUCUUCACCUAACAUAUAGUUUGAAUAGAUGUGAUGAGUAUUAGUAUUAUUAAGUAUUAUUAAAUUAAAGGUUUACUUAACAGUUUCUUUUUUACUUUAAUUUACAAAAUUUGUUUUUAAAAAAAUGCACAUGACAAGAAAUUUUGUAUAGCACAAACGUUUUUUUUUCUUUUAUAUAUGUGAAACAAAUGAUUAAAAUAGAGUUAAUUUUUUAAUAACUUUUUUGAUACGGUACAACACAUUAUUAGAGCAUGCCUGCGAAAACUAGAGUUGAAAUGUACAUAGAUAAAAAAAUUUGUUGAUGCACAAAUGAGCUGUAAUGUUAUUCUUAGGUUAUUAGCAAUGACAUAUAUAUAGGCAUAUUUUUUCAAAUUAUCGAGUUCUGGUUCAAAGAAGCGAACAUAAGUAAAAAGCAAUAUUGGAAAAUGGCAAAUAAUGAACAUUAUUGUAACAAGUGUUACGGAUUUCACAACUUGAAGUUCCUUUCCUGAUAAUUGGUUAUAGGGUACUUCCUUAUCUGUUGAAAGGGUACUCCGAAACUUCAAAGCUUCCUUCAGUUUGAUUGUCAUAACAAUAACACUCAAUAUGACAGUAAAUUGAUAUCCCAAGGGUAGAAUGUUGUAUAAGAAUACAUUAUCUAGCAGUGUCAUUUCAUUACUAAUGGGGGCUAUCCAUGCCAUCAAUUUGCUACCAUUUGUCAGGGUGUCCCAUUGUCUUCCAAUUUUAUGUAAAGUUAAGCUUGGUGUGUGGAGAACCGUGAUGGACGCAGCAAUGAGAAAUAAGCUGAGUGUAGUUCGGCUUGGUGUGAAUGUAUUCUUGAAAUGUAGGGGCAGUGCCACACAACAACACUUCUGAAUAGCCAAAUACACAGUCAUACCUGAUGUUGCAUUGUUGACCAUCACAGAGUAGAGGAGUAGAAAAUAAGCAAACAUUGUCAAUGGGAAAUCUAUGGAACUAUUGACAUAGCUGAGGAGUCUUGUGAUCAUAGCAGCACACACAAGUAGCACGUACAGCAUGUCGGAUAUUGUGAUAGCGAAAAAAGAGAUAUUUGGAGCACUGUCUUUUACUCCAACACUGUGAAAAGUUAUGAGAUUGACAGUGUUAGUGCAGAUGCCAAAUAUGGAAAUGAUCAGGUUUGAGUAGAGAAUAACUUCUUGGGCCAACAGAUAUUGAGCAUAAGUCACUAGUCCAAGUGGUUGUGUGGAAUACGGAGAAUUGCUUGUGUUGAACACAUUAAAUGUUGUGGAUAUUUUUAUCUCAGACAUCAUAAAGCCAGGCAUUGAAUUUUAUGGAGAGCAUGUAAUAAGCCUUUGAACAGUGAUGGUUAUUCCAUGAAUACAUCGAAUUUUCGUCACACACUUCAAAUUGUACUAAGUUUAACACAAGUUUUAUUCUACGCUAGCCUUCACUUUUUAUGUCACUGCCUCAUUUGAGAUAUUUUGCGGACAUAAGUUUUAAGUACUAGUUACACUAAGGAGAGUAAUUGCCAUCAUGAUUAUUAGAUGUUAGAACAUUUUAAAUUACCUAUGUGAUCUUUUUAUACAAAGGCUGAGAAAAGGCUUAAAUUUAAAUUAUAAUGAACAACUCUCAGGCAUCUUGUAGUGUAGGUGAAUUAGUAUUUCAUCCAGGAAUAGGAGUUCAAUUUAAUAGCAUUAUAUGGAUUGUAUAUUGCAAUUUCAACCUCUUAGUACUGACACUAAAUCAAUGUUUACAUCAGACAUUUCUACUAAAAGAGGAAGUCCUGUGAUUUUUUUUGUUUGUUUAGGUACCCGGUAUUAUAAUUAUAUGACUCAAAUCAAUAAACAUUUGAUUUUUUUCAUACAUAACAUGAGAUGCGUAACAAAAAAAAAAAAAAUUUCUGUAAACUUCCUUAAACUUAAAGGAGCAAAAAGGGUAAGGCAAAUUAAGAAUAGGCUAAUCAUGAUAAUUGGUCUUAACUGCUGUAGGGAUUGGCAUUUCAGUUGAAAUUAUAAUCUGCCCAAUUAUUUGUUGGAAUUUUGCUCCAAGUCAAUUAAGUGAUUGGGAAACUGAUCCUGGAAGGAAAAUAAAUUACAGAUAAUUAUAGUUACAUUUUCCCUUGCAUUGAUUUUCUCCCAGUUGUUAUACUACACCAUGAAAGAUCAUCAUCAUGAUGAUCAAGUAUAAGCCCUUUGGUCUGAGGUUGGCGUUAACAAAUGUGCAGGUCUGGUUAAGUUAAUUCUAAGAAUUGGUGAGACUGCUCACUGGUCUUAAUGGUAGCACAACGGGCCACUUUGAAAAAAAACUAGUACACCUGGUGCAUAUUCUAGUAUAUAUUACUUCUUAAAAUAACUCAAUGUUUCUACCAGAACAUUAUGUUUUCAGCGGCCGACCUAGUGAGGGUGCAGAGGUGAUGACCGCCUCAUCCAGGACUUUGGGGUUUAUUUAUAACAUUAUAUAAAUGAUGUGUGUUGGGGUGGGGGAGGGGCAUGUACAACCCUGGUGGCAUUUAGUCAAGUUACGCCACUAUACCUAUCGUAAAGAUGGUCUGUUACUUCAAACAUGAAAGACAUUGUCAGUUAAGUUUGGUGACUAAAUUUGUACAUUUUAAAGAUGGCCAUGAGGGGUAAGUCACCCCCACCUGCUUCAGAUACAACAGUGAGCACACCUUACUACAAAAGACAGCGGUGCAGUAAAAUUCAAGAUUCAGAAGCGUGUUGUGAAAGAAAGAAAGAAGGGCUAAAAUGUAAUUGUGGCAGGGAGCCAAGUCAAGAUAGGAAACCUUGUUUCCUUCAGAAACCCAGAGGAAGAGAUUGAUGUAGAUAUCAUAGAUGUAGAGAACACUAGAUGAACAACAAAUGGUGAUUUGAUCUGGUUAAUGUUGUUUUUCUUUCUCAUUGUGUUACUUUGUUAUGAUUUGAAUUGGAAUAAGUUUUUUUUGUUUUUAAAUUCAAUUAUUUUAAAAUUAGUUUAAAUUUAAAAAAAACCUAAACAAUCAGCUGCUAACAUUGUAAAAUUAGACAUAUCUGAUAGGUCACCCUCAUUUUUUAAAAAUAGCAGUGAUUUAGCUGGCUAUCUUUACAAGUUUAAAAGAAUAAUACAUUUGCCAUUCCAAGUGGUCAUUUUUUUUAAAAAAAAAGGUAAGCUCAACCAAGUAUUGUUUCAUUAACAUGGUAUCUGUCGAGAAGCUUCAAAGAGAAAGAUUUUUUAAUCAAUUUUAAUGAACAAAUUACCUAUGUGAUAAUGGUUCAAAUGAGUGUUUCACUUUCUGAUACAAUGAUCACAUUUAGAGUAUGAUGAAAUUAAUACAGUAUUUCCAAUCAAGUUAUUCAACACAAUGUGAUCUUGUAAGAUCAAAGAUAACUAAACUUAAUCACAAUCUUUCUUGUUGUAAGUUUUACAUGUAAUGGAGAUUUAUGAAUUGGAUUACAAAAUAACUUUUCCUUGUUAGAUUUAUAACACUGCAUUAGAAUGUAUCCUUUUAAAAUGGAGUUAAUAAUUUAAUUUUUUCUCUAUCCCUGGGAAUUAUACUUAUAGCAUUACUGAAAGCUGGCGAACCAUCUUGAUCUUGUUGUAAUAGCUGUUCCAAUCCAUAAGAACUAAAAAAAAAUAAUAGUUGCAUGUGAUUAUGUUUUUCACUUUGAUGAAUGUUUACAGUGGCUGUAUAUACAUUUCAUAUUGAUUUAUAUAUGACAUGAUGUGCUUACGAGAUAACUGCUAGAGUGAAACAGAAUUUUCAACCUUUGGCCCAGUGCUCUUUCCUGUAACACCGAUCCAGCCCCGCCCUCCACCUUCAUAAUUGUUAAGUGUGUGUAGUGGAAAGGGUGUGUGUCUGGUGGAAGGGGGGGGGGGGUGUGUGGGGGGGAAAGGGGGGUGGGUGGGGGAAGGGGGGAUUCCUGUAACACCGAUCCAGCCCCGCCCUCCACCUUCAUAAUUGUUAAGUGUGUGUAGUGGAAAGGGUGUGUGUCUGGUGGAAGGGGGGGGGGGUUGUGUGUGGUGGAAAGGGGAGUGUGUGGUGGAAGGGGGGUGGGGCAAGGACUACAGGUGCCUCCCCCCACAAAUGAUUGACUUGUUCAUGUUGGCAUGAGAUAGAUGAGGAACUCCUUAGAUGUCCAAAUACACACUUCCCAAAUUGUUACUCUGCUUAUGAAUUUUUGUUUAUUAGCUAGCUUGCCAUGCAAGGCUGUAGCAUUUUGCACUAAAUCUGUGUUGGAACUAGUGUUAUUUAUUUAAAAUUUGUUUAAAAUUUGUUUGUUACUUUAAAAUUUUCUAGUUUUUAAAGAUUUUUGUUGGUUUGCUGUUGAUUAUUUUGAGUUAAGAAAAAUUGGGAUAUCACAGAAAAUUAUUAAAUAAUUGUACACGGUUUUCUCUCCCUCCCAAAUUUUUUAUGUACUCCAAUAAUACUCUUAAAGUUCCUGAUUAAUGGGGAGAGUCUUUACUCUAUGGAACUACUCCCACAAUUCAGGGGCUUUUCUACCCAUAAUUGACACAUUCAAUAUCUUUUUGGCUGCCUUUAAGUCAUAUCUUUUGAAAAUGGCAUCAUAUAUCAUCUCAAUGUCAGUGAUUUUUUUUAAUUCUCUCCACCCUUGCUAAAUCCAGGUUGUCCCAAGGGUCCCUAUGACAAUUACUUUGCGAAAUAUUCUUUUUAAUCAGAGGAUUUGGAAAUAAAAAAAUUAAACAUAAAAAUUUAAUUAUAGAAGAACACUAUUUUAUCCCAACUUGUAGAGACUUUUCCAAACAGUUAAUACUUAGUAACUGGUUUUCACCAGGUCCACUAGAUGUGGCAUCUUAUCACAUUGAAUUUGGAAAUAAAAUUUAUCACAUUUUAUACUAUAAUCAAGGUUCCCCUGUGAAGAAGCAUGAGGCCGUGGCACCCCUGCGAAGAAACUUGGGGCGGCUUUACAUACUGUGGGAACAACUGAUAUAUGAUUAUAUAUUUACUUCUUUACUUAGUUUCAAAAUGAUAAAUAGAGAUGAAACAGUUCCUAUAUUUCACAUUAUAUGUCAUCUUCAGUGAGAAGCCACCAAGAUGUAAAAAUAUGCUUAAUCAGAUAGAACCAUGAGGUUUGAAUGACCAUCUCUUGAAUUUCCUAUUUAUCAUUGAAAUAAUAUAACCAUUACUUUCUUUUCUUCCUCAGAUAUCAUCAGAAUCAACAACAGAAACAUCGUGAUGAAAAGUGAAAGAAACCCUUUUGUGUUACCAUCAAAAUGAAGGAAAUAACCAAAUAUGCUAUAAUUGAGAAUGUUUUGAAAUAAAUAUACUGUUGACCUUGUCUCUUUACUGUAUGUUCUUUAUUGAGGAAUAGCUACAUAGACGAAAAAAAGCACCUAGUUUCAGAAUGAGUCCCUUGUUUUUAUCUAAGAGAAACAACAGUGCUAUGUAAUAAACUCAUCUAUUUACAUGUAGUAAAGCACCCUUUUAGAGCCAUGGUGCUUUUAUUAUCUUUGUCUGUGGUAUUCCAUGUGUCACUUAGAAGUAGUACCGGUACUUGGUUUGUCAAGGGGACAUAGUUGUAUGUAUGUUUUGCAGUGUGGUAUAUAAUGGAUAUCUAUCUCCAUUUGUGAUGUAUAAAUUUAGUAAAUUAUGUUUUUUGUACAACUAUGUUGUCACAAAUAAAGUUCACUUUGAUUUUUUUAUCAUACCAAAUUUUGUUGUUUUUUCUUAAAUUUUUUUAAAAAGAAAUAAUUAAAGAACACAUUAUUUGUCUCUAAAUUAUACUUAUACUUAUACAAAUUACAACUGUAAUAAAACUU